AUGUCUGCAGCUCAACUACUCAACCCCAAGGCCGAAUCCAGAAGGCGGGGUGAAGCUCUCCAAGUGAACAUCAGUGCCGGCGAGGGUCUGCAAAAUGUCCUCAAGUCUAACCUCGGCCCUCUGGGUACGAUAAAAAUGCUCGUUGACGGUGCCGGUCAGAUCAAGCUCACAAAGGACGGAAACGUGCUACUCCGAGAGAUGCAAAUCAAGAACCCGACGGCUGUGAUGAUUGCGCGAGCUGCCACUGCUCAGGACGAUAUUUGCGGAGAUGGAACAACCUCAGUUGUCUUGCUCGUCGGUGAGCUUCUGAAGCAGGCUGAAAGGCACAUUUCCGAAGGAUUGCACCCGCGAAUCAUUACCGAUGGUUUCGAGAUUGCCAAGAACGAGUCGCUCAAGUUCCUUGAUAAGUUCAAGCUCCCUCGAGAAAUCGACCGCGAGCUACUCUGCAACGUCGCCAGGACCGCCCUCGCUACCAAGCUCAACUCGAGCCUCGCCACUAAGCUUACCCCUGAUAUCGUGGAUGCCGUGCUCGCCAUCUACCAGGCCCCUGCCAAGCCCGACCUCCACAUGAUUGAGAUUAUGAAGAUGCAGCACCGGACCGCCUCCGACACUCAACUUAUCCGUGGUCUCGCCCUCGACCACGGUGCACGACAUCCCGAUAUGCCCAAGAGGGUGGAGAACGCCUAUAUCCUGACCCUCAACGUCAGCUUAGAAUAUGAGAAAACCGAGAUCAACUCUAGCUUCUUCUACUCCAGCGCCGAGCAGAGGGAAAAGCUAGUUGAGAGCGAGCGCCGAUUCGUCGAUGACAAGCUGAAGAAGAUUGUUGACCUGAAGAAGCGCGUGUGUGGAAACGACCCCAAGAAGAACUUUGUCAUUAUUAACCAGAAGGGCAUCGAUCCCCUAUCCCUUGAUGUUCUCGCCAAGAACGGUAUCCUCGCCCUCAGGAGAGCCAAGAGGCGGAACAUGGAGCGUUUACAGCUUGUGUGCGGCGGUAUCGCGCAAAACAGUGCCGAUGACCUUACGCCCGAGGUCCUUGGCUGGGCUGGUCUCGUGUAUGAGCAGACUCUCGGCGAGGAGAAGUAUACGUUUAUCGAGGAAGUCAAGGAUCCCAAGUCCGUUACCCUCCUCAUCAAGGGCCCCAACCAACACACCAUCACCCAAGUUACCGAUGCCGUCCGAGACGGUUUGAGGAGCGUGUACAACACCAUUGUUGAUAAGAGCGUCGUCCCCGGUGGUGGUGCUUUCCAGGUGGCAUGCGCGGCUCACCUCAAGAGCGACAAGUUCUCCAAGACCGUCAAGGGUAAGGCCAAGUGGGGUGUGGCUGCCUUUGCCGAUGCGCUACUCGUUAUUCCUAAGACGUUGGCGGCGAAUGCCGGUCAUGAUAUUCAGGAUGCCUUGGCGUCACUCCAGGACGAGUAUGCGGACGGCAAUGUUGUUGGCCUCGAUCUUAUUACCGGCGAGCCUAUGGACCCCGAGCUUGAGGGUAUUUACGACUCCUUCCGAGUGCUACGGAACUGCAUCGCCUCCAGCUCUAGUAUUGCCGCCAAUCUUUUGCUCUGUGACGAAAUACUCAAGGCAAGGCAGAUGGGUAGACAAGGUGGCCCUGGUGGCAUCGAUGCUCCGGAUAUGGCAGACUACGACAGCGACUCCGACAUAGGAGAGUUUACCGAGACGACGACUCUUCUCGGGUAUGUCUCGAAGGAUCCUGCCGAUGAUUCAAUCAGUCGGUUAGGUGGUCAGCCAGAAUGGCUAGAUCCCAAGACGCCUCCCUCAGCGGCCCUCGCCCGCUGCGCCGCUUGCGGUGACAUGAUGUCCCUCCUCCUCCAACUCAACGGCGAACUCCCUGACAAAUUCCCCGGCCACGAACGGCGGCUCUUCCUCUUCGGCUGUCGCAAGCCCAAGUGUCGCCGGAAAGCAGGUAGCAUCCGCGGCCUGAGAAGCGUCCGCGUAUCCAAAGAAGCUGCCGAAAAGGCCCGGACCGAAGCGGAGGCGACAAGGAAGGCUGCCGAGGAGAAGAGAAAGAGAGAAGAGGCGGCGGCGGCGGAGAAGGCGAAGCAGCCUGGGCUGGGGGAGACGCUUUUCGGGACGAAGGGGCUUGGGGGUGGUGCUGGUGCGAAUCCGUUCGCUGCGGGGGGUGGGAAUGCGAAUCCCUUUUCGAGUGGUGGUGGUCUAGUUGCUGCGAAUCCUUUCUCUAGUGCUCCGAAAGAAGUUGUAACGCCUGCCGAUGUCGAGAAAGCGGCGGCGGAGCUUCCGAAGACUUUUGCCGAGACGUUGUCGUUGAAUAAUCCCCAGGCGCAGAAACCGCAGUCGCUUCCCUCGCCGCCGGAGCCUUGGCCGACUGAGGUUCCAGGCGCUUAUCCUACACUCUAUCUCGUCGACGUCGACUAUGAAACUCUCGACCCGACACCGUCGACCAUACCGGCCAACGCAAGGAUGGAAAUCGACAGCUCUGAAGGUGGCGGCGCCUCUGCGUCCGCUAAGGAUGACUUCGAGUCCGCCAUGGACGCUACUUUCCAGAAGUUUGCCGAUCGCAUGGCCCAAAACCCCGAGCAGGUCAUCCGGUACGAGUUUGCUGGCGCGCCGCUACUGUACAGCAAGGACGACGAGGUUGCCAAGGCUCUGGGUGGCCGGUCAGGCAUGCCGAGGUGCAAAGGGUGUGGUGGGGAGAGAACGUUUGAGCUGCAGCUUACGCCGCAUGCCAUUACGGAACUGGAGGAGGAUGACAUGAGCUUGGAGGGGAUGGAUUGGGGGACGAUAAUUAUGGGGGUUUGCGCGAAGGAUUGCCAGGCGUAUGGGGUUGAAGAUGGGCAGGUGGGAUAUCUAGAGGAAUGGGUUGGUGUCCAGUGGGAGGAGUUGGUGAAAUAA